AGUUCAGGCAGACGAAGAAGAAAUCAACGAUGCACAGUGCUCUGUCAGGGCUUUUAACCAAAAUCUGUGUUAUUGUAUAGUUUUACCUAUAAAACAGUCACCAUGCCUGUCAUUUGUGCGGCACCUGGGUGUAAUAAUAAGUUUGUGAAGGGCUCGGAAAUCAGAUUUUACAGGUUCCCUCUCAGUAAGCCUCAGCUCGCCAGCAAAUGGGUGCAGAGCCUGGGCAUGAAAAACUUCAUCCCAACUGCCAACACUUGCCUCUGCUCCGAGCACUUCAGGACCGACUGCUUCAGGGACUACAACGGCAAGCAGUUUCUGCGAGAGGACGCGGUGCCCACGAUAUUCGCCCCGGGGCAGGACUCGACAAAGAUCGAGCUGCGUAAAAGAGCAGUGGUACCUAAGGAGACGAAUGUGGCGAAUCAGAUGGGAACACAAGCAGACAGGGACAAAGUGAGAGAGGCUGCCAUGCGGAGGGAGAAAAGAGGAGGAAUGAGGGGUGGACGAGGUAGUCGUGGAGGAAAGCAGCUGUCUGACAGGCAGAGCGUCGCCGCCAAAAGCAAAGUGUACGACAACAAAGGCCGGCUGCUGUCCAACGGCGAAGAUAUGUGCGACUGCCUGGAUGURAACUGCAUGGGCUGCUUCUACCCCUGCCCGGAGUGCGGCUCGCGCAAGUGUGGAGUGGAGUGCCGCUGCGACAGGAAGUGGCUUUACGAACAGGUGGAGGUGGAGGGUGGAGAGAUCAUCCGGAAUAAAUUCGCCACCUAAUGAWCAAGGACUCUUCUGUUUUCUUUCUCCAAUCAGGACGUCACAAAGCUUUGAUGCAACUCCUCUCCCCUUCAGUUCAAAUGUGAAUGAGCUGUUAAUUCAUAUCAGUUUGUGAUGCUUUGAAAAGACAGAUUUCACCUUUUAAACUAUUAUUUAAAGUUUUUGUUUUAAUGAUGCCAACAGGUGUUAAUAAAAGUGUCUGUUUUUA